AUGGCCAAAGUAGCAAAAACUCAAAUUCAGUCUAUGAUAACUGCAUUGAAUGAGAUUAAUAUUUUUGUUAGAGACUACACAACUGAACAUAACACAAAAACACAACUAAUGGUACAACUAGAAGAAAUUUCCACUAUGGCAGACAAGUUUGAGGAUUGUCAAGCAAUAGUAGAAGAAGAGGAUCAAACAAAACCUCAAAAGGAAUGGAUUGAAGAAAGAAGUUUUUUUCGAAAACUCCUACGUGGAGUAAAGGUGUCAUUAUUGGAGCUUAUAGAAAAAUAUGAAGCAACUAGUAAUUCUGUGACCGCUCCAUCGUAUAGUGAAAUUUCUAGAAGUAAAAAGUUCAACAUGUUGAGGCUUCCAACACUAAAAACACCCUCCUUCAAUGGUGAUUGGCAACAAUGGACAGCCUUCAUUGAUGAGUUCAAUACAAUGUUUCACAAUAAUGAAGAUGUACCCAUUAUCUUAAAGUUUCACUAUUUGAAAACCUGUGUUGAAGGCCCAGCAAGAGAAGUUAUUCAAAAUUUUAAGACAACUGAAGACAAUUAUCAGGUAGCUUAUGAUGUCUUAAAAUUGAGAUACGAAAAUAAAAGUGCAAUAAUACAAUCUCAUAUGCGUUCACUACUCAAUACGCCAAAGGUGAUGUCAGCCUCUGCUAGUGAGUUGCAACGACUGCAUUAUCACAUAUCGUCAAACAUCAAUGCGCUAACAGCCCUUCAGCAGCCAGUAGACCAAUGGGAUGCUUGGCUAGUAACCCUUAUGUGCACUCGCUUAGAUAGUGUAACCGUUGCUGAGUGGCAGCUCAAACAGGACACCAAAGAGCUACCAAAAUAUAAAGACUUAGAACUCUUUUUGUCUAAUCGGAUAACAGCAUAUGAAGCUGGUGACAUAGCAAUGAUAUCCUGUUCUGACGACGCAAAUAAAACCAACGUUACUAAUAAACCUCGAUCAAAAAAGGUCUUUCUAACAAACACUAAUAAUAAUCAGCAUAAUAUGGGAAAGACAUUUGCAUCUCCAAGAUGUAAUCAUUGUGCUGGUCCGCAUAGGAUACCCAAUUGUGAAAAGUUUGAGGCUAUGUCCAUUAAGGAACGCCAAGACCUUGUGGAAAAAAACCGAUUGUGUUUCAAUUGUUUAUACUAUGGGCACAGAGUUGACAAAUGCAGAUUUCCACCGUGCUCUAAGUGUGGGAAACGUCACCAUGAAAAGCUACAUACUGAUGGUGCCUCGGUGGAUCAACCGUCAACAGAACUAGAGAGAGUUGUAACCCUUGCUAAAGUUCUUACUUCCCAACAUAACAUCAGUAUUGGUCCCAACUCAACCAACAAUAGAAUUAUACUAGCUACUGCUGUUGUAUGUAUUACUGACAUAAAGGGUAUGCCUCAGUUAUGUAGAGCAGUGAUUGACUCAGGUGCUGAAAUCAGCUUGAUAACUGCAGCCUGUGCUGAACGUCUGCAAUUGCCUCUCAAGUCAUCUGCAUGUCCUAUUUCUGGUAUAGGCAUGACUCAUUCCAAGGCUAACUCUGUCAUCAAUGCCAAGCUGUCAUCACGGAUCAAUAGUUGUUACUGUACUAAAUUACAAUUUCACGUACUGUCUAGUAUAACAAAUAAAAUGCCUAGUCAAUAUUUUGAUGUCAGUUCACUGGAAAUCCCAGAUUCAAUUAAGACUCAAUUGGCUGAUCCACACUUCAACAUUCCUGGUCAAAUAGAUGUAUUGCUCGGUGCUGAGGUAUCUUAUAGCAUUUUUAGUGGACAGCGAUAUCCGUUGUCAGAUUGUGCAAUUCUGCAUCGCACUACUUUAGGGUGGGUAUUAGCUGGGAAGACCUUUCUGUCAUCAGCUCAUGUCAAUAACGAAUCACCAUCACAUCAUCCCAAUAUCAAUUCAGCGUUAGCCUUACUAAGCACUAAAUCUGAAACACUCCGACAAGAGGAGGCUGAAGUUGAAAGGCAUUUCUUAAGAACUGUUUGUCGUGAUGAGAAUGGUAGAUUUGUUGUGCGAUUACCGCUUCGUCAACCUAUUGAUGAACUUGGCGAUUCUCGUUGUAUGGCUGUUCAAAGGCUUUUUAAUGUAGAGAAACGCUUAGCCAAGGACCCAUAUUUAGCCACAGAAUAUCGUAAGUUUAUGGCGGAGUAUCUAGCUCUCGGCCACAUGGAAGUGGUACCAGAAAAUGAAACAGAAUUUAAAUCUUAUUAUCUGCCUCACCAUGCAAUCAUAAAAUCAAAUAGUCUCACCACUAAGGUGCGCGUAGUUUUUGAUGGGUCAGCGCCCAGCAAGUCCGGUGUUUCCCUUAAUGAUAUAUUGUCAAGAGGGCCAGCUACUCAGCCUGAACUGUUCUCAAUACUGUUGCGGUUUCGGGUGCAUAAGUAUGUCCUUACUGGUGAUGUAGAAAAAAUGUACAGACAAGUUAAUGUAUCCUCUUCAGAUUGUAAUCUACAACGCAUUGUGUACAGAGAUUCUCCCGAAGAUCCAGUUGUUGACUAUAGAUUGCUCACGGUGACAUAUGGAACAAAGCCUGCAUCUUUCUUAGCAACAAAAUGUCUUUCUCAACUAGCUAACGACACCAGUGUUCCGUCUGUUAGCCGUGCAAUAACUGAAGACUUUUAUGUCGAUGAUUUAAUUACUGGAGCCUCAUCUAUUGAUGAAUGUUUUUUCAUGUAUACUGAAUUAUGUCGAGUAUUGAAUGCAGCCGGCAUGCCAUUGCGGAAAUGGUGCUCAAAUUCUCCACUACUACUCAAUAAAAUUCCACAUACUCAGGACGAUCCAUCUUACUUAUUAAGACUGAAUGAUGAAGAUACCAUAAGCACUCUAGGUUUAACCUGGCAACCUAGCAUUGAUUGUUUCCGAUUUGUAUUUAAGAACUGGGAUCCUCCUGUAGAAAUGUCCAAGCGGUUGCUGCUGUCAGAUAUAAGUAAAAUAUUUGACCCCCUUGGGCUAUUAACACCUGUCCUUAUAAAGGGCAAAAUAUUCUUGCAACAAUUAUGGACCUUGAAGCUUGGAUGGGACUCCCCAUUGUCAACUGAUAUUGUGUCACGCUGGAAGCAGUUCUAUCAUCAAUUCAAGGAACUUGAACACAUAAGAGUGCCUAGAAUUGUUGUCGACAUUGACUCGCCGAUAAUUGAGCUGCAUGGUUUUGCGGAUGCUUCUCAAGAGGCCUAUGGGGCAUGUGUUUAUGUAAGGUCUGUGGCUGCAAGUGGCAGCAUAACAGUGUCACUAGCUGUAUCAAAAUCUAGAGUCGCUCCACUAAAACCAACCACAAUCCCAAGACUUGAGCUGUCCGGGGCGCUUCUGCUGGCUGAGCUUGCUCAUAAUGUUUUACUUGAAUUAGCAAAGGUGAAUAUUAUUAUUAAUUCUUCAAGCAUAAUGCUCUGGUCUGAUUCAACAAUUGUGCUGUCUUGGAUUAACACGUCUAAACCACUAAAGGUAUUUGUCGCCAAUAGGGUAGCACAAAUAACUGACCUCACCAGUCCUAGUCAAUGGAUGCAUGUUCCUACAAGCAGUAAUCCUGCUGACAUGAUUACUCGAGGUAUUGACGUUCAGUCGCUCAGUCAUAAUCAAUUGUGGUGGCAUGGCCCCGCAUGGCUAAGCCAAGAUAGAAAAUGCUGGCCUGCGUGUCCUCCAUUGACCGAUGAUGUUCCUGAAACCCGACAAGUUAAGCUGGUUCUUGCCGCUGUUUUGCCUGCUACCACCUUGCUUGAUCAAUAUUCUGAUUUUAUGCGUUUGAUCCGCAUUACAGCAUGGGUAUUAAGGUUUUGUUCAAACGCAAGUAUCCCCUCAAAUAGAUGUGACAUCAGGAAGUUGGGCCCAUUAACUGUGGUUGAGUUAUCUAAGGCAAAAACAACAUGGCUACUUCACGCUCAAAGGUGCGCCUUCCAUAACGAACUAGACAAGCUGAGUAAAAAUCAGCAACUAUCAAGGCAAAGUCAAUUGAAGAAGUUACACCCCUUUAUUGACACCUCUGGGCUAAUACGUGUGGGUGGCCGUUUGUCUCAGUCAAACUUGUCAGACAGUAUGAAGUUUCCCAUUGUGCUGCCAUCAAAGUCAAGGCUAACUCGCUUAUUAUUCGAAUAUGAGCAUAAACGUCUACUGCAUAUCGGACCGCAAGGAUUGCUUUCACAUAUUCAAGGCACCUUUUGGCCCAUCAGGGGGCGAAUCAUUGCAAAAAGUGUAGUGCACAAUUGCCUCACAUGUUACAAAACCAAACCUACUCUGCAAACUCCAUUAAUGGCACCUCUUCCACGAGCAAGAGUUACUAUGGAACGCCCCUUUGCAAGAACAGGAGUAGAUUUUUGUGGUCCCGUACACAUACGAAGUGGUAUACGCAGAGUCCAGUCGAUUAAGGGUUAUAUAGCGGUAUUCGUCUGUUUCGUCACCAGGGCAAUGCACUUAGAACUCGUUAGCGACUUGACAACAAAUGCAUUUAUGGCUGCUCUCUUCCGGUUCAUGGCUAGACGAGGACAAUGCUCUCACAUAUACAGUGACAAUGGCACUAACUUUGUUGGUGCAGAAAAGGAGCUAAGUUCAUAUUUCAAAGUCCUACCUGGUAAGCGUUCAAUCCAGGAAAUGUUGUCAGAUCAUGGCAUACAGUGGCAUUUCAUACCUCCAGCAGCGCCCCACUUCGGCGGAUUGUGGGAAGCUGCUGUGAAAUCUGCCAAAACCCACUUAAGAAAGAUGUCGGGUAGUGCACUGCUCAACUUUGAGGAAAUGGCUACGCUUUUAUGCCGAAUUGAAGCUGUGCUCAAUAAUCGUCCAUUAACUCCAACCUCUAAUUGUCCGUCAGACUACACUGCACUAACUCCAGCACAUUUCUUAGUAGGCGGAAAUCUAUUACUACCUCCUGAACCUGAUUGUCCAGAAGUUCCACGCAAUAAACUGCAGCGGUGGAAAUUGGUUUGCGGAAUGGCGCAAGGCUUCUGGAGGCGCUGGAGCACAGAAUACUUGCCGCAGCUCCAAAUACGUGGAAAAUGGACUAAGCCUAGCCGAAAAAUCAAAAUCGGAGACUUGGCGAUCUUGAAAACCGAUAAUCUGGCCACAAUGAGGUGGAAUAUGGUGCGUGUUCUCGACAUUCAUCCUGGUGUUGAUGGUAUUGUUCGUGUUGUGUCAGUCCGAGAUUCCAAUGGCUCAAUUACCAAACGACCAGUGGUGAAAAUUGCCUUACUUCCGGGCUCAGAAGAAGAAGAAGAAGAAGAAGACUAA